GCAACAACAGCUCGUUUUGCGCGUGAAAAAACAAUUCGGUCUCUUUCGUCCCAUCAGAUAAUGAAAUCAUACACGGAGUGGAAAUCAUUCAUCAUCCACGAGUGCCGCUUCUUCCCACCGUUUGUUGAAGGUUACUUACCAGCUCGCUAUGUUUUGACUCUGUUGCUCUUCUGGGCGAUGAGUCUGGAGUUCGCCCACCGAGUUUGUCUGAGUGUCACCAUUGUGGCCAUGGUCAACCAUACCGCUUUCAUCCAAGGAAAUGAUUCCCAAGUUGACGAUAGUUGUCCUGAACCGUGGAUAGGAAAUACUACUACACCUGAUCCACCGGGCGAGUAUAUCUGGAGUCCAUCCAUACAAGGCCUGAUCUUAGGAGCUUACUUUUAUGGCUUCGUAUGUACUCAGCUGGUCGGUGGUCGCUUGGCUGAAGUAGCAGGAGGCAAGUGGCCAUUAGGAUUAUCGAUCUUGUUUGGCUCUCUACUGACAUUUCUUACCCCGAUUGCCGCCGAUAUAGGAGUGGUAGCCAUCGUACUCGUGCGAGUGGCUAUGGGACUCAUUCAUGGUGUUUGCUUGCCCACAGCAUUUGCCAUGUUCGCCCACUGGGCUCCAGUUGAAGAAAGGAGUACUCUGCUGGCCCUCUGCAUAAUGGGAGAUCACGUAGGAACUGUCCUGUCUAUGCCUUUGGCCGGAUACCUGUGCGAAAAUGGAUUUGCUGGAGGAUGGCCUUCAGUCUUCUAUGUAUUAGGUAUCUUAGGCUGUAUAUGGUUUAUUUUCUGGUGUUGUCUGGCUUACAGUAAACCCGCCGAUCAUCCAAGAGUUUCGAAGGAAGAGGUAGAUUACAUACUGAAAGGCCAAAUCCAAAUAGGAGAAUACCAAAAAUUACCAGUGCCGUGGAAGCAAAUUCUUUGCAGUCCCCCAGUAUGGUCCAUUGCAAUUGUCACAUUUUGCGCAGCAUGGGGCCAUACGACAUUACUGACCAAGCUUCCAACAUAUCUAGAACUGGUGCUACAUGUGCCAAUUCAAAAAAACGGAGUGGUAAAUUCUUUAAUUUAUGUCUGCAUUUGCAUAACUCUCUUUCUAUCUGGAUUUGCAUCGGAUUAUCUUCGCUCGAAGAAAAACUUCAACCCUACUACAGUACGAAAAGGCUUUCAGUUAAUCGCAAUGAUGGGACCAGCAAUAACGACAGCUCUUAUACCAGUGGUAGGGUGUGACAAGAAUUCUGCCAUUGCCCUUCUAACGCUAGCAAUGGCAUUUUUAGGCUUUUGCGGAGGUGGUCAUGUAUCUAUAGCAGUAGAAAUGGCACCACAUUAUGCUGUGCUGCCUCUUCUCAGUAAGCUUUGUCUGAAGGAAUUAGCUACUUGCAAUAUACUAAAUAUUGUGGAUGAUUGUGAAUAUCCUAAUGAAAUCCUUAUUGGAGCUGGAUGUAACUGGAAAACUCAUGACAGGUGGCCGUCAAAUGGGCUAGAAGAGGGAGUAUUUGAAGAGGUUGCUAAAAACGAUCAAGGUCAAGUUCUUUACCUUUCUCAUCGAGAAGUUAUCAAAGAGAAUAGUACUACAAAACUCCGACCAGUGACUAUACUUCGCCCAAAAUUCGCCUACAAUUGUCGAUCUGAACAAAUUGACAGAAAACAUGGAAACCUUAAUUAUGAUGAAAUGUUUGAGGAUGAGAGGUUAUUGAUUAAAAUGGUUCAAAAAGACUGUUUUGUGGAUGAAAAGGAUGAGAAACUAAAACCUUUAGGAGUAGUCAAGGAUGAAAGUGGAAUCCUCAGACUGAAAACUAAAUUUACCUUUUGCGAAGAUACAGAAGAAUUUAAAAUGUCAGCUAUUCUUCCAUCCAAUCAUGAGGUUGUCAAGAGAUUAGUGCGAUAUUAUCACAAGAAAAAUGCGCACGCGGGUACUGAAGUUUUGAUAAAUAUUCUACGAGAGAGAUUUUGGAUUCUGAAUGUUUGUAAAACUGUGAGAUCUCUCAUUAAUCAUUGCACAGUGUGUAGAAGAUUUUCUGCAAAGAAACCUAGAAACUUGUACUGCACCUCCUCCAGAAGAUAUACUACCAGAAGCAGCUAUAUAUUUUUAACCGAGAAGGUGGGAUACGAAACUCGUAAAUAUUUUGCCUCUGAUGACGUACGUGAACCUCAGAUUCAAAAGAGUAGAGCAGGUCGUACAAUCAAACAUGCCAGCAUUGAACAAUGGAGGCUAGUCUUUUACAUUUCAUCUGGUUUUUAUAUGUUUGGAGGAAUAAUUUUUGUUUUAUGGGCGUCAGCAGAAAGGCAAUCAUGGGCAUAUCACCCAACCAUGCCAAACCUUUUGAAGAUCCACAGCACGGGAAAAGAAUCAGAACUGUUCAUUAACAAAGUAGAUUUUGAAAGAAGCUUCACCUAUGGAACAAUAUCUUAAGCACAUUCACCGACAGAAAAAUUUUUCAUAAAAAUUCCAAUACACUUAAAGUUUCAUACAUUAAUAACUUUUAAGAAUUACAAUAUAUAUAGAAUGAAACUCCACAUAUGAAGUAACAGAACUAGUAGUAUCCCAUAAAAAAUACCCUAUUAGAACUGAAACUGAAGCUUAAAAUUAUAUAUAUAUAUAUAUAUAUAUAUAUAUAUAUCAUAUAUUUAACAAGCUAAAAACUAAUUUAUUAUAAAAGUUAAGAUACACAUUUAAAUAAUAAUAAUAAAAAUGCAGCCCACAAGAAUGCAAAAUUUAAGAAACCUACAUAAAACAGAAUACAUUUUGUUAAAUUAUUUUAAACGAACUGAAUUUGUUUCUCUAAUGUAUACCAAGGGCUGCAAAAAAAAAGGAAAUCAAAAUCUUUUUAAAGAAAUAGGCUUAUAUUCACAUUACACAUGGAAAAAAGAAGAAAUCCCUAUGAAACUAGCACAUUCACUGAAAGGAAAAGGGCCUACAACAUUAUUUUGUCACUUUUGGCACAGUGAGCUCUUUAAGCAAAAUUUAUUACAAUACAUUACUAUUUUCAAACAUUCGGAAAUAUUUUGUUAAAUACAUGUUUUCCAUUAACUUGCAUUCUGUUUAGUAUAUAAAUCUCAAUGAUACAGAAAAAAAAAUUCUACGUAUUGUGUAAAUAUGUAAAUAAAUUUCUGUGUUUGUAAGUGUUAUAUUAUACAGUUGUUAUGUAACAAUAUCUUUUAUAAUGUAAAUAUUGAAAAUAAACAAAAUUAUAUAAAAAA